CAUACCAACUGGUGUCAAUACCACUCUGUUUUUUUUAUCUACCAGGACAAUUGUUUAUAUAUUUUAAGUUUUCAAUAAUUAAAAUACUUAAUUAUUUAUAAGAAGCAAAAAUUUAUUUUAUACAAUCAACAUUCCAACAUUUUUUACCAAUUAAAAAUCAACGAAUAAAUUGUUACAAUAGUGAUUACCAAAAAAGGAUUAAAUUUUGUUGUCAAAUUUUAUAUAGACAUAAAAGAUAAUAUAUAUUUAUAAAAAAUUAAAAUUCAUUUAUUAAAUCAAUUUUAUAAAUAGGCACUUGAGUAAUUGAGAAAGGAUUCAUAAUGGACGACAUGCAAGAAGAGCCGCAAUUUGUUGUCGAUGAUGUAAGUAAAAUAAUAAAAGAAGCUAUCGAAGUAGCGAUUGGUGGUGAUGCCUACCACCAGAAUAAAGUCGCGCAGUGGACAUCUCACGUCGUUGAAAGCUGCUUAGGAAGUCUAACUAAAUUACAAAAACCCUACAAAUAUAUUGUGACAUGUACAAUAAUGCAAAAAAAUGGAGCCGGAUUACAUACUGCAAGUUCAUGCUUCUGGGACAACACAUCCGAUGGAAGUUGUACAGUUCGAUGGGAAAAUAAAACAAUGUAUUGCAUAGUAUCCGUCUUCGGUCUCGCAAUUUAGAUAAUCUCUUAAAAAUUUUAAAAAAUUGUAUUUGUCUUAUUUUAAAAUCGUCAGUCUUAUUGUCAAUUAU